AUGAGGACGAAAAAAUUCGGUGGGAGUAGGGGAAGAAAAAAAGGGCAAGAUGUAGGAAGCGAGUCAGACGAAAGCUUCAUCGACAGUGUGGAGGAGGAGGAGCUGGCAGAAGCAGAAGGUGAAGAAGACGUGGUGGACGAGAACGACGGGGAGGAGGAAGAAGAAGAAAACGAAGAGGGGGACGAGGAUGAAGAGGAAGACGGCGAAGAAGAGGAACAAGACGAAGACGGUGAAGAAGGCGAAGAAGAUGAGGAAGACGAUGAUGAUGAGGAGGACGACGAAGACUACGAACUGAAAAAUUACGGCAUAGCACUUGAAAUGCCGAAGCGAAAGAACAGAGGAAAAAACCUGAAAAAGCUAAUAGGGGAAGACUUAGAAAAAGAUGAAAAAUUCUGGAACGAUAGCAUUUGGGAGGAAGAAGAAGUAGACGAGGAGUACGUAAAUUCGGAAGGGGAGGAAGAAUACAUAGAUGUAACGGAUUCCGAUUUUGACGAUGAUGAGGAUGAGGUGGAAGAUGAUGACGAAGAAGAAGCGGAGAGAAAUGAAAAGGAACUAGAUGAUGAAGAGAUAAAACGGAAGAAGAAAAAAAUGUUUUCCUAUUUAGAAAAAUUAAAAAAACAAACGCAUAAUAAUGCAUUAAGGCAUAAGCUAAUGAUGAAGGCGAAGCUUUACGGGAGCAAAUCUCAUGGUGGGAAAUAUGGAACUGCUCCCCAAGGUGUGGAACACAAAUUGGGAAGGAAAAAAAAGGGAGAGGGUGAAGAAGAAGCGGCAGGGGCGCUAAAAAUCGAAGGGGUGGUGAAGAAACGAAAAAAAGUUGACACCUCUUCCAUGGUGUUGAAUAGAUCUACUAGAGACACAACAAGACAGAAGACGGAGCAAAUACAAAAGCUCUCCGAAUUGAGAAGAAUUAAAAGGGAAAAUCGUUUUAAAAAAAUUCACGAAAAUAAAAAAAAAAAAAAAAUUAUGCAAAGAGAAAUGACAAGGGAGGAACGAUUAGAAGAAGCAAAAAUAACCGAGCAGUACAAUUUGCAAUCCCUUUUACAGUUACAAGCCUGGGAAGAAGAGAAAAAAAAAUAUAUUGAAAAUAAGAGAAUUAUUUAUCAUAGACCGAAAAAUGUUUUUAUUAGUUAUUCCUAUUCGAAGGAUAAAACAUUUCCAUCGAGCGAAAAUUUGAAAUAUGAACUCGAUUCAUAUUAUGUGCAAGACCCAGCACAAAUGACGAAUGCCACUCAGAGUGGAGAAAGUAAUAUUCAUGUGGACCAAGUUGAUUCAGCAUUCCGCGUAAAAGGCGAAAUUGAUAAGGAGGAAAAUAGCUCACCCAAUGGGGAAGAAGUGCCCGAUGAUGUGAGCGAUGAGAGCAUAAAAAGAAAAAAAAGUGAAAACGAUGAGAUGUCAAAAGGAAGCGAAGACGAUGAUCAUGCGGAUAACAUAGCAAAAAUGGAGAAGUCAAAACCAAUGCAGCCGAUCCAGUUGCACAAUUUGGAAAACCUGGAUAAUCUGGAUCAGUGCGAAGAUUUACACAUAGAAUAUUUAAACGAAAAUGAUGAAAUAAAUUUUGGAACACACACAAAGGAUGACAACAAAACGGUAAAUGAUCAUGCCACAAGGGUAAGAAAAAAGAGAACAAGAAUUAAAACGGACAGGGAGGAGAAACAAAUGUAUAUUGUCGCCGAUUCGAAGGAGCUAAAUAUGUACAGCAAUUAUAACAACUGUAAGGAAUAUCUAGAAAGAGUGCGAAAUAAAAAUAACCUAUGUGCAGUCACCAAUUUGGAGGGAAAAUAUUUUGAUCCGUUAACAAAAAAAUAUUAUAAUAAUGCAGAAGCGUUUAAAUUGCUACGAUUUUAUCAUCACCAGAAGACGUAUGACCAUGUCAACGAACAGAUAUCCGUGAUUGUUGAACUUCUUACGGAUAGGUUAUCAGAAGUACAGGAAAAUGCAAAAAAUGGCCUCUUUGAUAAUUUUUAG